AUGAUCCUCGGCUACACCGCUUUCUGGGUCAGGCGAUCAUCCGGCUUUCUCCGGCUUUUUGGUGACGUUUUAACCGGACGCAGCAUUGCUCUUAGGACGCCGAGUGCCCAACCGUUGGAGAACGUUCUCCAUACCAACGUUAUGGCAUGCAACUUUUACUCGUCCUACCUACAUUGGCUCCUAUGCCUUCAUAAAGCUCCGGAACUGAAGAAGACAUCUGGCGGCGGCGAGAAGAGUCCAGUUGGUGCCCAGAACCGCACUCUGUUGCUAGGCCAGCUCCUAGGAAUCUGUCCAUUUCGAUACUUUAUUAAUUACGAGUCGAACCUGGGACCUGGACUCCAGAGCAGGCCGGCUCAUUCAUUCUUCUCUGCCUCGAUUCUCCAUCUCCAUCUUGAUCCCCGGCGCCAUCAAGCGACCCUAGGCCUGUUCAACAUUACCCUUCGUUUUUUCAAGAGCGGCCAACGUCCCUGUAAGCAGGUUCUGGAAAUUCUUCUUUUACAAGGAUCGACCUCCGUGUCGUCAUGA